UUGUUCUUAUUGACGGCCGUGGGUCUUCAAAUAGAGGCGUAGCAUUUGAAUCCUACCUAAAAGGCCGCAUGGGUACUGUUGAGUUAGAGGAUCAGAUAGCUGGACUAAAAUAUCUGUCGUCUAAAAACAUGGGUGUUGACUUAGAAAGAGUAGCUAUAACCGGUUGGAGUUAUGGGGGGUAUCUUAGUUUAAUGGCACUUGCUCAGUAUCCUCAGUUUUUCAAGUUAGCCAUUGCUGGGGCACCUGUUACACAAUGGGAACUUUAUGAUACCGCUUACACUGAACGAUACAUGGGUCUUCCUGAAGAAAAUGUGGAAGGAUAUUACAGGGGAAGCGUGUUAAAUUGGGUGGAAAACUUUCCCGAUGAGGAACAUCGUCUUCUAAUCGCACACGGAAAAAUUGACGAAAAUGUACAUUUCAAAAAUUCCGAGUUACUGGUUUCUGCUCUGGACAAACACAAAAAACCACAUAAACUUCAGCCAUAUCCAACUGAACGGCAUGGUUUGAGACACGCGAACGCAGUAGAAGAUUUUGAGACGUUGAUGUUUUCCUGGCUGGUCAAUUAUUUGUGA